AUGUCUGCAUGUGCUGACCUGUCUGCACAUCUGCAAUUCACUCAGAACUGCGCCAGUUUCCUGAAAAGGAGCAAGCAGAUGUGUAGCACUGAGGCCAAUAAUCUGAAGGCAUGUGAUUCUUUCCACAAGACUGUAGGAGUAGAGCCCACAGGCAAUGGCAAAGGAGUGAUGGUGGUCAUGAAACACAGAUCCCAGCAGCGAAAACCCCGCCACUUCUUACGUGAGGACCACCAUCAACAAGAAUGCUUGGGCCAUCCUCAGCAGCAUCAGGAACAUGAAAGUACCAUCCUGAUCUGUGAACAGCAGCCAUCCUGA